AUGGAGCAGCAAUAUUGUGCGGUAAAUGGCACUACUUCAAACAAAAUAGCUAAAAAGAGGGCUGAGAGUGUGAACGACAUCAGCGGCCUGUCCCUUCUACUGAUAUUCUCGCAGGUGUCACAUGCACACCGCGUGAUCCCUGUCGACCCUGCAGGAUUACACGCGACGUACACACCCAUUCACACACGAGCGAAAAGUCCCGCGACAAAUGAUCCUAUAACACACCAACCACGUCUUGUCCCUUGUUCCUAUGCGUGCGUGUUAGUAACAGCAGCGCCAUUGCGCUCUAUGGAUACCCCCACCAUCUUUCCUAGUGACCACGCUCCAAGUGUUCUCCUACAUCAGGAAAAGGUGGUAAAGAUCAAUUCAAGUGCGCGUGGUGUAUCAGUUUUCAAUCACUUGGAUGACGCCAGCGCGUCAUGUGAUUGUUCGGCGCGUUGUUACGUGACCCUUGAGGAAUGGUUUCGGACUGGUCAAUGUGUCCAAUGUGAGGUGCUGCCACCUUAA